UUCUAACGCAUUGCAUUCAUUUUUCUACAAGCAGACUUCCAAUAAUUGUUGCUGUCUGGCUGGUUUAACUUUUAAAUAGUUACAUUAUUUUCUAAAGGAUAAGCAAAAGCAAUUGAAAUGUUGCAAAUAGUCGAAGCUGAGUUUUGCGACUUCGACAUUUUAAACACUUCCGAGUGUCAAACUGUGUGAAAUGUGAAAUGAUGAAAAAGAAUCGCUGAGCGCGCAAACAAAGAAGACAGGACGAUUGGACAACCAACUGCGCAUUAUGUGGACCCCAUGGAACCACCAAGGACCACAUUUCGCAGAAGUGUCUAACCCUUCUCUUUCCACGUAGAUUCCCGCAGGUCCAGCUCCCGAUCGCGAUCUCGGCGAGAAAGGGAAAGCCAUGGAAGACCGAGGGAAAACCAUGGUCGAGCAAGGGAAUGGGAGCGGAAACGGGAGGACCACAAGGUUCCAUACUUCGCGGACGAGGUACGGGAACGAGAUCGAGUGAUGAGACUGCACCAAAGAUCCCCCAGAUCCGGCAGACGCACCCGCUCCAGAUCUAGAUCCCAGUCAUCCGAGCGGGCGAGCAGGCACAGAAGGCAACGGGCCCGCUCAAGGAGUCGGAAUCGCAGCAGCGAACGGAGGCAGCGCCAAAGAACUCCACACCGGUACAAUCCGCCGCCAAAGAUCAUCAACUACUAUGUGCAAGUGCCAGCACAGGAUUUCUACGGGAUGUAUGGGACAUAUGGCAUGGCACCGCCGCCAAGGUUUGGAUUCCAGCGGCCACCACGUCCUCCGCCCUUCCCGUCGGCCACUUACCUACCUAGAUUCCGCCAUCGCCCUCCAUUCCUGGGAGCGCCCCGUUUCGGGUAUAGAAACGCGUGGCAACCACCAAAUUAGACAUACGUCAUUCGACAUAAUUACAAAUUUAUUUACAUUCGUGUGUUUUGUACAUUAAAAUAAUAAAUAUAUAUAUUUGAAAC